AUGCCGAUGCGAAAGCUCUCUUGGAGUUUGGAUAAUGAGACCAAACCCCGUUUUGAGGAGUCGCCCAGAAACUCGAAUGUCGCCCUUAGCUCGCUGGACAGGUUACACAGAGAGGAUAACAGCAAAGAUAGAUAUUCUUUAGCAGCAAGUUUUGGAAUAAACACAGCUGUCUUUGGAGACCAGCUUCAUACCAGGUCCAUCCAGUUGGAGAAAAUGAAGCAGUUGGACAGUUCCCCUUCUAGUAGAGUUUCCCCUGUUGAAACUGAAUGCACUGAACGGGUCAACACACCUGAAACAGUCGACAAAGACCUACCCAGCGAAACAGCUUCUAAGACCUUGCACGAAGAAAAAAUGGAUAAAGUGGAGAAUUCUUUGAUUGAUAUCCAACCUCCAAGAGACGAACUGCAGGAAGAAAAUAAUGAGUCAGCAUUAGAUGGUGAGAAAACGUUGCAAAUGCUUUCUGCUUGUUCGGCAGAUGAAGAAAAUCAGACAAUGCAAUCUUUUGAAUCGGACAAUACAAUCAAACAAGAAGUGCAAACUGAUAUUCAUAAUCUUGAAUUUAACCAGACAGGAAAGAAAAUGGAUGAAAGUUCAUCAGUUUGUGGUGAGACGAACAUUUUUGCCGUGUCCGACUCUGUUAGUUCAGUGGAUGAAGUGGAUAAUUUGAUACAAGUAUCUGAUUGUAGAACAUCAUUUAAUGAAGAAGAGACUUCUAGUCUAAAGGACAGUGAUGUACCAUCGACUGAUCUUUCCAAAACUGACUCAACAGUUAACUUCGGAGAUAUGAAUCCUGCUUCCGAUAAUGAAGAAGAUAGUCUCUCUGAAUGUACGGCGACAUAUAAUAGGGCGGAACAAGAAAACAGACCAUCAUCUAGUGAGGGGGAAUCUUCAAGUUUAAAGGACGGUGAUAUACCAUUGACUGAUCUUUCCAAAACUGAUUUAACGGAUAUCUCUGAAGAUAUGAAUCCUGUUUUCAAUAACCAAGACGAUAGUCUAUUUGAUGGUGCGACGACAUAUAAUAAUACGGAACAAGAAACUGCUUUUACAAGUGUUGGCUAUGAACCUUCGGUGAAGUGCUGUAUAAGAGAUUCUAUCUCUGAAAACAACGUUAAAUCGUCUCCUGUUUGCCAGAAUGAAUCAUCAACGCAGAAUAACUCAAACUGUAACAAAUUUUCUUCGAACACAAUUGAAGAAUCUACUAGCUCACCGGUUCAUUUUCGAAAAAAAAUCAGGAAAAUGGAAAUAUUGCGAAUUCCUACCAAAACUUCUCAGAAACGUAAAAAGAAAACAUUGGAAAUUGCCCAGAAAGAUGCUCCCAUUUUUGAUGUCGAUACGACGAUAUAUGUAGAAGAAGACAAUUCUUCACCGGUUAUUGCAAAUGGAUUGCAUUUGAAUGAAAACUCAAGAGAAUGUUCCGACGAAUCGUUGUCAACUCGUCAUCAACGAAAUUCUAUGAAUAAUACAAAAAAAUCUAAUUGUUUUUCAAGUGCCUCUAAUACUGUUACUACUGUCCAAAAGUUCUUUGUUACAGUCGACAGCUCUUCCAGUGACUCAGAACUUUCGACUACAUCCGAUGACGAUAAUCAGUGUCGGCAAAAAUGUAAAAAAUGUAAAACACAUUCUCUAAACUUACUCGCUUUCUUGGCAAGUGUCUUCGCACUCGUUACAGGAACAUGUCUUCGGUCUGUGAUUUCAUCGAGAGAUUACCGCACCAUUCUCUAUCUACGACUUCCUGGCCAGUUGUUCACUAAUGUAUUACAGAUGCUAGCCAUACCGUUGAUUAUCUCUGGCCUUAUAUCGAACCUUGCAUCGCUCGACAGAGGGCUGGCACGCCGCAUUUGUCUACGUACAUUCUUUUAUUAUUCCAUCACGUCGUUUAUUGCGUUAAUGACUGGAGUCAUUCUAGCACUUACCAUUCAACCAGCAAUUCGGCGUCAAUCUGACGUGGAGAAGCAAGCAGUUCCCAAAGUCAAUAUUUUGGAUGUAAUGUCAGACUUACUCAGGAAUAUAUUUCCAGAUAAUCUAAUGGUGGCCUGUUUUAAGAGAUUCAAGACAGAACAAGUGGAAGUAGCCAACACCAACAACCACACUAGAGCUCCUUUUGGAACCACUGGAGUCAGUACAGAGUUACCAGAGUCUUGGAGUCAGUCAUACAGCAGCCUCAUUACCAACACAACCAUGGAUGUACCAAAUGUAACUGACAGUGGACUGCAAGACAUACCAGUAGCAGAGAAAAUUUAUCAGACAACAACCUCAACUAUGGAUGGUUUACAAGAUCAUCCUUCAAGAUUCGAACCCUUUCUCACCCUAACUGAUGGCACCAAUUUGCUGGGUCUUGUGGUGUAUUCAUUAAUGAUGAGUAUAGCCAUCAAGCGUGUGGGAGAACAAGCUCGGUUACUUGUGGAUAUUUUCACAGCUUUUUACCAAAGCACUUUGAAACUGAUAGGUUUUAUUACAUGGUUCUCUCCAAUUGGAAUAUUUUUCUUGCUCACUAGUACAAUGAUUGGAUUGGAAGAACCUUCCACAGCUUUCCAUCAGGUGUCCCUGUACAUAGGAACAGCCUUGGUUGCUCAUUUAGGCUAUGGGCUGGUGUUAUUACCCUUGGUAUAUUUCCUGAUGACACGGAAAAACCCAGUAAAAUUUCUCUACAAGAACUCAUUGUGUAUAUGUACAGCAUUUGCCACAUCAUGCAGUAUUACAAAUUUACCUGUGAUGUUACAAUGUGUUGAAUGCAAGGCAAGACUCCAUCAUCAAGUAACUCGCCUCACAUUGCCCCUUGGGGCCAUUAUUAAUACUAAUGCUGGGGCCUUGUACAAGUCAGUAGCCUGUAUAUUUAUUGCACAAUAUGAAGGGGUUCCCUUGACAAUUGGAAGGUUGAUAAUUAUCAGUAUCACAUCGGCCCUUGUAUCAAUUGGUACAAGAAAUCUACCCCAAAAUGGCAAUCUGGGUAUCCUUGCUGUCCUCACAGUUGCUGGUAUCCCUAAUGAAAAUGUCUCCCUAAUUAUGGCAGCUGACUGGAUCUUGAAUCGAAUGGGUGUAACUGUGAAUACCAUUUCUGAUGUUGUUGGAACUGGUGUUAUACAUCACCUAACGUCAGUAACUGACUUAGCUUGAUUGUUUGAACUAGAAUUGGAAACAGGACCUGCUACUUCAUUUUCAACACCAAUUCCAGAUAUUUUCUGUCUCUUUCAUUAUUUUUUUGUUUGUUGGUUUUUCAUAUUUUUUAAAGAUUAAAGUUUUGCUGAA